GUUUACUCCAAUAAGUUAACAUAAAAUGGCAGCUCUUCACGAAACCCGCACACGUGUGCGACUGCGAGAACAUGAAGUAGAAAACCCCAACAGCUCAGAUUUUCCUGGUAACUACGUUGGCUAUGAUGACAGUUGGAACCAUGAAAAGUUUGUGGAGAAUUUCCAUAUUGACAUAGUGAGUCUGACAGAGACGGAGAUUGAGUUUGACAUGGUUGGCAUCGACGCUGCUUUGGCUAAUGCUUUCAGGAGAAUACUUCUGGCUGAGGUGCCCUCCAUGGCCAUAGAGAAGGUGUUCAUCUAUAACAACACGUCCAUUGUCCAAGAUGAAAUCUUGGCUCAUAGGCUGGGCUUGAUCCCCAUCAAAGCAGACCCACGGAUGUUUGAAUAUCGGCAAGAAGGGGAUGAAGAUGGUACUGGAGAAGAUACUAUAGAGUUUACGCUGAAAGUGAAGUGCACUAGGAAUCCCAACGCUGCCAAGGAUGCCACAGAUCCUGAUGAACUUUAUAAACACUCUAAAAUAACUUCAGAUUACUUGCACUGGACACCUAUUGGACGUCAAACAGACACGUUUGCAGAAGGAUCCAUUCAUUCAGUCCAUGAUGACAUUCUAUUGGCCAAGCUGAGACCCGGUCAAGAGAUGGACAUCAGGAUGCAUUGUGUGAAGGGUAUCGGCAAGGACCAUGCUAAAUUCUCACCUGUUGCUACAGCAUCUUAUAGAUUACUACCAGAGGUGAUACUCACGCAGCCAGUAGAGGGCGACAGAGCAGACAAACUGGCCGCGUGUUUCUCCCCAGGAGUCAUCGAGGUCAGAGAAGUCGAUGGCAUCAAACAAGCUGUAGUAGUAAAUGCCAGACAAGAUACAUGCAGCAGAGAUGUCUUAAGACAUGAGGACCUUAAAGAUUGUGUAAAACUCAACAGAGUACGUGAUCAUUUCAUAUUUUCAGUGGAAACAACUGGUGCCAUGCAACCAGAGACACUGGUGGCCGAGGCCAUCAAGAUACUGAUGGCAAAGAGUCGAGGGUUCAAGACACAUCUGGAGCAGCUUGGGUCACAGCAAAGAUGACAUCAUCAAACAUGAACUGCAUCAGAAAUCCACCAUUAGUAACCGAGGAUGAUAAAAGGGCUCAAUUUCAUAGAGCUGCUUAAGCAGAGAGUAUUGCUGAACAUUUGUCUGCUAAGUAAACAUGAGCAGGAUACCAGUCAUAAAUUGUAUAUAAUGACAUGUUAGUCUAGCUGGUAACCUUGUUCUGGUAAGCACAAUUUUGUUAUGUUUAGCUACUUUUUGUACUGAAGCAGCACUAUGAAAUUCCACCCUGAUCUAUUGACAGUAUAUAACAUUUUUGACAUAAAUUUAGUAUUUCUAGUCAAUGAUUUUGUCGAUUAAGCAUUUUGGAUUAUUUUUGCGAAGAUUCGUACAGCCCUGGUCAAUUGAUGUAUUCAGUCUGUAUGCAUAUAGACCGUUCUCAUCAUGCAGAAUCUACAUGUAUCUUCCUUACAUUCUUCGAUUCCCAUAACAUUAAGGAAUACCGAUAAGGAGGUCUAGACUAAUUUUGCUUGGCCAAUUACAUAGCGUCAGUGUAUUUCACAGGUUGCAAGAAAAACAGGCAGCCAGCUUCCGCAUUCACCAUGAAGGAUUUGCAUUGUUAAGUAAUUCAUUUUCAUACAGAAAGCGCAGGAAGAUUAGCAUACCUUUUCGUGUACUUAUUCACACACUGUUUGAGCAGCUUACCAUCCAUCACUGAAAUUGAACCUAAACUGUUGAAUCUUAGGCUCCAUCCAAACUAGGGGCUGAGGCUCGAUUGUCAUGUGAACAAGCAUUAAUGCACAGUUAGCCCAUAGCAUUAGCCGCAGCUAUUGGCACAGCUUGAUAUUGGGACACAACCUUAUUUUUUUGAAAAUUUACCAAAUACACCUGUUAGCAUCAUCACAAUAAUAUUGCCUCAUUUUGGGAGUCAAGUGUGCCAAUGUGUUAUUCAGUGUAAAGGGCAAGGCAUCACAGUAUGUACAACCAUACCAUAGUUCGAACAUGCCCUUUGACUCCAAAAAAGGCAAGCUUAGAAGACGUAGCCGCUUGUAAAGUUUCUGCAAGGGGUAAGUAGGGGCAAAGAAGAUCAACAUAUAUCAGGCAUGACAUUCUUCCUACUUAAAUUGUUAUUAAUAAUCCUACUUCCAAGGCCCAAAUAUCAUGCCUGAUGUACAUGUAUGCACCAUAAUAACUGUCUCUUGUAUUCUUUGAAGAACGGAGUAGUAAUAAAUCAUAACAAAUGAAAGAAGCAAACGACCAAGUUUCCACUUUGGAUUAUACUUUAUUACAUUAUGCCUCCUUGAGUACCAACUAUCACAUAAUUUGCAAUGCCUUAAUGCAAUAAUGUGAGCUACAUUAAAUACAUAGACACUGCUGCUAACAACUGCACAUAUCCAGUUCUUAAAGAGCAACGGAAAUGUCAAAUGUUUGUUUGUUGAUGUACUCAGUUUCCGGAAGAUAGUUACCUUAUGUGAGUGGGGAAAAGUGUACAGGUCUCUAGCCUCGUGUUAAAAUGGUGUAAAUUUACAUUGUAUUCAAUACUCUUCCAUUGCAAAACAAAAUUGUCUUGUGUAAGUUUUUGGACUGGGAUGGUUAUGGACCUUGGGACUAUUAGAAAAUGAGUACAUCGCAAAAUUGAAUUUGACAUUUCUCUCGUUCUUUAAAUAAUUUGAUCAUAGUUUAGCUUUUAUUAUACAUGACAUUUUUCCAAUACAAACCUACUUGCUAUUAAUGUAGUUAAUUCUACGUCCUAUUUGCAGCUUGUGUGAGCGUUCGUCAAAUUUAGGAGACAUUGCAAGCAGGCCUAAACAUUGCAAUGACCUUUAAACAAACUAUUUUAAUGUAAUCGUCUAAAAUGAUUUAUACAAAAAAUUCAAGAGGAGCACGCAUAUAUUUCCUUACACACCUUUUUUUUAAACAUAAGAAAGUGAUUAAGACAAUAUUUGUAAAGUUUAGAAAAAAUCCUCACAAAUCGGUGGAUAUUACUUCUUGGACAAUCAAAUUUUUGUACAGGGAAUAAAUAAAAAAUAUAAAUUAUUUGAAUGAAAUAAUGUUGGUCCUACUCUAGAUUAAAAAAAAAGUAUUACUCAUUACUCGUACGAGGGACCUACUCAUUACUAGUACAGUCUAAAUUGCAGCCAAACCACCUGAGUGGUUUAACUAUCAAAGACUUUCAGGGUAUGAAAUCAUUAUUUCUUGUAAGACCAUACAACCAAUAGUUUUGGAAAAGUUCAUUUACUUCAUUAGUUUUUAAGAACGACAUCUUUAACAUGUGGAAGUUCAUCAAAACGGGACACCAUUCAAAAUAACAUCUCGCAAAUUCACCAAGUUUUGACAGUUACUGUAGUUUUUAAAGUUGAUGUCCUAUAUAUUCCUUGAAAACAAAGGGGUGGAAUGGAAAGUAAUUUCUUGACUGUACUCUAAUCCUCUCAGUAAAUAAUGCCAAUGAGUAAUGGAAAUCGCCAGCUUGCUCCGAUUGCAGUUUACACUUGUAAAACAAGAAAUGGAUUGUGUUCUAUAUCGAAACUACAGGACAUUUACAAUCAAUACCAAAGAAAUAGGUUGCGUUACAAGAUCACCUAAAGCUCUAAAUAUUUUCAAAGGUAGCACAUUGAGCAAAAAAGCCCUUUCCGAGAACUGCCUUCAAACCCAUCAAUUUAAGCACUCCUUCAUGUUCAUUUCUUUUUAUAACUGAAUUGUUCACACCCAAUAGUGUAUAAAACCAACAGUUUCCAGCCCAGUCAAAUCAAAAAUAUUUAACUGUAGAAAAACAUGAUGUUUUGAAGCCGACCACAAAAUUAAAUACAAAUACAUUUUUACAGUUCCCCCGGAAAACAAACCUAGUACUAGAGUUUGAAUCAUUCCACGGGGAUACUAAGCACAAACUAGCAGCAAACAGUGAGAAAUGGUAUGUAUGUGAUACGGCAUUUGGCUGGUAACCUUCUUCUGGUAAACAACAUUGUUUUGUGCUUAGCAGCUCUAUGAAAUUUUGCCCUGCAUUUCUUGUACAUGUACUAAUAAAAAUCUGUUGAGCAAUAUUUCCUGCUUAACAGCCAAUCUUAAUAAGGCCAUGCACACUGUUUUGUUGACCUUAAUUGUAAUUCAUAUUAACACAUGUAUUCUACUGAUAUCUCUUCAAAGUGACUCGCUCAUAUCUAGUUAUAAAUUAAACAUAAAAAGCAAGUUUUACAACAAGCAAGUUUUACAACAAGCAUAAACAAUUUGACUACAAGAGUUGGGCGUGCUUUUAAAUAAUGUACAGAUAUAACAAAUAAAACAAACAAAAGAUAAAACCGAAAGACCUCUAUAUAAACUUCUCCAAACCCUUAAAUACAGCUGAAUAAUCCGCAAAGCUUUGCUACAGAUCAAAUUCAUGACAAAGUUGUCUGCCGUAAACUUGUUUGGCAACAAAGCACUGCAUGAAUUUAAGGCCCUUCUCGUGUAAAGUUAGCCGACAACCUUCUCUCUCCAUGUCAAUAGGAAAUAACAUUAUGAGCAUGCACAGUGUAACUGAAUAUCUGAAAUGCCUGAAUCUAACAGCCAUUGCGGCUGCAGAAUCUCACUGAUUCAUUGACUGAUAAUUCCUUUGUGUUAGGUUACCUCAUCUACAAACAUGGAACUCAUUGAUUUAUAGAUGACGAUCCAUACCAUGAGUUGGACAGCUUGAUUGGACCAACAUUUCUUGUCUUCUGACGUUGUUUUCCAAGAGAAACCAGGCAAACAUCCAGCUUUAUCUUGUCUCAGUUUUGAGUAUCUAACGUUAUACUGUCUCAGUGGUUGAAAGACAAUGUGAUUAGUGUUCACAUUGUUCCAUUCAACCAAUAUGAGACUGCAUUAAACUGUACUAGCACUCCACACACUAAUGCUAAAAACACAAGCUCAGUACUUGGAUCUCGGACAGCGUGUCAAAAUUCACUAAUGCACACAAGUACUUGUCCACUCUCUACAUUUACUUGCAUGUACUGACUGCAGGUUGAGGUGAAAUGUUUGUCUGACACACAGAGAUUCUAUUUUAAAGCAAAAGUGACAUCAUUAGUGCACAGUGCUAUGACCAUUUUAGAUGACAAUACCAAGGUUGACAAAACCCAAACCAAAAGGAGAAGGGAAAAAAAAAACAUAUAAGGAAAGACUUUCCUUGCAAAACACAACUUUUUUUAAUACAAUAGAAAUAAGACUUUAAACUACCUAUCAAUCUUCUACAUUAUUUAGAGAAGCAUUUUUGCGUACGUUGUGUUUAGCUCCCUUCACUCGGGAGCGAUAAAUACAAACAAAAAACAAUUUUUUAAAUCACAAACAGAAAGCUUUCCUUCGGACUGCUCCUAGUAAAUAAUUAAAAAAAGCAAAGGCCACUAUAAUACAUAACAAAAAAAGACAUCAACAAGUUUAUCAUACACAAUUACUGUACAGACAAAUAUCCCUAGGGAAUAUUACAAGAAUGUCACAGUCUCACCCCAACCGUUUUUAGCUCACUCAGUGACUCCAGUCACCC